CAACAACAACAACCAAAAAAAUUCAAUAUUUAUUUAUUUAUUAAUUUUAAAAAGCUAUUUUAAAAAUGUCAUUAUUCAAAUCAUUAACUUCAAUCAAUAACUCAAAUUUAAAAAAUAAUAAUUUAAAAAAUAUAUAUAGAAACAAAAUGUUUUCAUCAAAAUAUGAAAUUAAUAAUAUUCAAGUCUUUUAUGAAGAUGAGGCUUCUGAUGCUGGUGAUGAUUUUGGAAAUCCAACCUCCAAAAACUAAUAUAUUAUACCAAAAUAUUUAUUAUUAUAUUUAUUCAUAAUUGUAUUUUAUAAGAAUUUUAUAAAACAAUGAUUAAAAAAUCUUAAAAAUAAAAUUAAAUUAUUUAAUUUAUUUAUUUAUUUAUU